AUGAAAAGAAUUGUUCCAAUCUUCAUAUAUGUCAAGCUGUUGAUAAUCAGUCGAAUAAGUGUUUAACAGAAAAACUUGCCCAAUUAUAUCCAUCCUCUGAUAUUCUAAAUCAAUCAACAAUAAAUCAUAAUCAAAUUCAAUCAAAAAUCAAUACAAAUAAUCAAUUAUCUGAAAGUUUUACCAAAGAAGAAGACAACAAAGACGAUAAAUUUAUUGCUGAAAUUGAAUUGAUCAGUUUAAUUGGUCAACGUGAAUCCCUUCCACGUUAUCGUCUUCGAGUGGAUCCUUGUACUGCUUUCAUAGGUUAUAAAAAUAAAGACUUUAAAUCAGCCGGUAAACGAGUUACUCGUUAUUUAUCUAGCAAACAUUCCACUUUGCCUAAAUCAAUAACUGAAUUAACGACAGUCAACUCAGAAUUAAGUGAUAAUCUCAAUAUUAAUAAUAAUAAGAUAGUUGAAUAUCAUUCAGAAGAAGACUUUUCAGAAGAGGCAGAAGACGAAGAAGAGGACGACGAAUCGCUUGGUUUAACGGAAGAACAGAUUGAAAAUACUCUAGAUUACUUUAGUGAGUUUAUUUAUUUAUUUUCUUCCCUACCCGUGAAUUGA